AGCAGUGUAAUAUAGCUGGGGUUUCCGGUGAGCUACUCACACACAAGGGAGAAGAGCCCAUUUUAAGAUUAGUUAACGAUUUUGUUAGACGUAAUCGACUUUGAAUAUUAUUUAUUGUUAUAUUGACAAGGCAAGAGUUUCGAAACAAAGCGCACAGAUGUCUGAAGAACUGGCGAAACAGCUGAGCAGCUACAAAGCACAGCUACAGCAAGUAGAAGUUGCUUUAUCAACCGAUCCAGAUAAUGAAGACCUCCAAAAACUUCAGAAGGACUUGCAGGAAGUCAUUGAUUUGACCAAAGAUCUCCUGAGUGCGCAGCUCAUUGAUGGGGCUUCCAGCACCAGUGGUUCAGCGUCUGUACCAGUGAAGAAAAGCUGGAAAGUGGGUGACAGAUGUAUGGCAGUAUGGAGUCAGGAUAGCCAGGUGUAUGAAGCUGAGAUUGAGGAGAUAGACCGAGAAAAUGGCACUGCUGCUGUUACGUUCAUUGAAUAUGGGAACGCUGAAGUGAUUCCCCUGCAGAACCUCAAAGUAGUGGAAGAAGGGAAGCGAUCUGAGGAGGACGGAGGGGGAAAAUCAAAGUCAAGAAAAGAGCAAAUAGCAGAGCAGCGAGAGUAUAAGAAGAAAAAAGCCCAGAAAAAGGUGCAGAGGAUGAAGGAGUUGGAGCAAGAGAGGGAGGACCAGAAAUCUAAGUGGCAACAGUUCAACAACAAAGCUUAUUCAAAGAACAAGAAAGGACAGGUGAAGAGGAGCAUAUUUGCAUCCCCAGAGAGCGUAAAUGGAAAGGUGGGAGUGGGAACAUGUGGUAUUGCAGACAAACCUAUGACCCAGUAUAAUGACACGUCCAAAUACAACGUCAGACAUCUGAUGCCUCAAUGACCUAACAUGCUCUGUACAUAAUUAUCCACUGUGUACUAGUUGUAUCAGUGCUUUUUGUUGUGUUUCUACAUGAUUAAAGUCCCUCAAGUAAUGAAAGCUUUUAAAGGAACUGGUUGGACACCAGGAUUUGAAAUGUCGCUGUAGUUCUCUUGUAUAUUAUAGAACCUCAACUAAAAAGAAUUAGAUAUUUUUUCCCAUUAUUGUUGUCUAAAAACAUUAUGAACUAUGGAAAAGCUGUGGAGUUUGUACUUAUUUUAAGAUGAAGCAAAACCUCCUCUAAGAUGUUUAUAAACUUAGGCCAUUUGAUUUGGAGUGCACAUUUGAUGCUGCAUUGUUAAAUUCUCAUCAAUAAUGGCAAGGAGAUCUGAUUCAUUAUGUUAAGGCUUUGGAAUUCCUGGACAUUUUAAUUUCUGUAUAUAUAUAAAAAUGGUAAAAUAAACAUUGUUUUGUUUUCAG